AUGUCCAACGACGAGCUUCUCACGGAUGAUUAUGUCGCGGGGCUGCUGGCGCAGGACGCCAAUGACUGCUCACUGAAGUACUCGGCAAUGGGACUGGAAGCCUUUCGCGACAGCAAAAAGCCGUCCAACAUACCCAAACCGAAUACGCGAUUUUUACGUCACAUCAUCAAGGACACCGAUGCGCACAACAAAGCUCUGCUUGCCAAAGAGGCGGCGGAAUCCAAAGCCCGGUUGAAAGGCCUUGACCACGCCCAGCAAGUGAAGCAUAGGAGAAGCAAUCCAAAUGCAAGAGAUAUACGGAGGAGGCAGAUGGGCGAUAUCCAAGCUAUACUGGGCGGCAAGACCAAGAAGCAGCAACGACGAGCAAAUGAUGUCGGUGACGCCCCAGCCGAGCGAGGACGGUCGGAUAGGGGCGGCGUCGUUGAUGGCCGUCAAAGACCAAGUUCUGGAAGGAGUUCGGAUCUGAUCAAAGGCGGAGGCGGGAAGACCAGGCACGGGCGUCUUUCGGAGAGAGACUUUAGUGAUGACGAUGGCAAUAUCAAACACCGCGAGCGGAGGAAGUCGCCAAGAAGUAGAGAGCGCGGCGGAUCAGACACGGAUGAUGAUGGACAUUGUCGUCGCGGAUCACGGAAAGAUGGAUCUCGGCCACGGCGACGCCACAGAUCAUCUCGUUCGCCCAGAGAGACCAGCCGAACGCACAGGCAUCGGUCUCGUCAUCGAGCGAGGCCAAGGAGCGAUCCUCCAGCGUCGGGAGAGAAGGAGCCAAGACCAUCUAGGCAUCAAGACUCGGACCCGCUAGAGGACUUCAUCGGCCCAUUACCGCCUCCGAGGCAUCGUGGAAGGGGAAUGAUUGGCGGCGCCGCGGAACUAGACCGAAGGUUUUCAGAGUCAUACGACCCAAAGCUGGAUGUGCAGAUGAACGAACCGAGCGACGCAUGGGACGACCAAGUAGAAGCUUUCAGAGACCAACAGAAGCUGAGGCUGCACCAGGCCCAGCGGAUGCAAGAUGCCGGCUUCACAGACGAACAGAUUCAACAGGCAACAGAGUUCAAUGCGAGGAAGACUGAGCCACCUUUUGUGUGGUCAAAAGUUGGCGAAAGGCGGGAAUGGGACAAGGGCAAAGCCGUCGGCAUGGAAGCGAUGCUUGACGACGAGGACAUCGCGCCUGUCGAGCAAGCGGCCUUGUUUUCUGACGAAUACUAG